UUUCAGCACGUGGACGGGGCGGUCACGGGCACGGCGCGUUCACGUGGCGCAGGAUCGACACGAGGCUUGCCGGGAAGAGCUGCGCGCAUUAGCGCUCGAGCGGCCGAAGUGUGAGGAGCUCACAGAGUCAUGGAGCUGGACGUGGAGACCGCAGACGUGAUCCGCCUGAUCAUGCAGUACCUGAAGGAGAACAAUCUGCACCGCACGCUGGCAGCCCUGCAGGAGGAGACCACCGUGUCCCUGCACACCGUGGACAGCAUCGAGAGCUUCAUCGCGGACAUUAACGACGGCCACUGGGACGUGGUGCUGCUCGCCAUCCAGUACCUCAAACUGCCGGAUAAGCUGCUGAUUGAUCUGUACGAGCAGGUGGUGCUGGAGCUGACUGAGCUAAAAGAGCUGGGAGCAGCCCGUUAUUUACUGACCCAAACAGACCCCAUGAUCAUGCUGAAGCACACUCAGCCUGAGCGCUACUCCAAGCUGGAAACCCUCCUCACGAGCCCGCACUUUGAUGCAAAUGAGGCUUACCAAGAGGGCAGCAGUAAAGAGAAACGCAGGCAAGCUAUCGCUCAGGCGCUGACUGAAGAGGUCAGCGUGGUCCCACCCUCUCGUCUCAUGGCUCUGCUUGGACAGGGUCGUAUAUGUGAGGGCGCCCUCUACAGGUUACAGGAGACCAAAGCGCUCAGACAGUUUGGAUCAUUAGCAUUGUUGUCUCUGAAAUGGCAGCAGCACCAGGGUCUCCUGCCUCCCGGCAUGUCAAUAGACCUGUUCCGGGGCAAAGCCAUGAUGAAGGACUUGGAAGAGGAGCGCUUCCCUACUCAGCUCUGCCGCCUCAUUAAGUUUGGUCCAAAGUCCCACGUGGAAUGUGCCCGGUUCUCCCCAGAUGGCCAGUACCUGAUCACGGGAUCUGUCGAUGGCUUCAUUGAGGUUUGGGAUUUCACCACUGGUAAAAUAUCCAAGGAUCUAAAGUACCAGGAUCAGGAUAACUUCAUGAUGAUGGGGGAGGCUGUGCUGUGUCUGGCAGUGAGUCACGACACUGAGAUGGUGGCCUCCGGAGCCCAGGACGGCAAAAUACAGCUAUGGAGGAUCCACAAUGGACAAUGCCUGCGCAAAUUUGAACGAGCCCACAGCGAGGCCGUCACCUGCAUCUGCUUCAGCAAGGACAACAGUCAGCUACUGAGUGCCUCCUUUGACCACACCAUCAGACUUCACGGACUGAAAUCAGGAAAGAUGCUGAAGGAGUUCCGAGGCCACACGUCCUGCAUAAACGAUAUUGCCUUCUCGCACAAUGGCCAUUACAUCAUCAGCGCUUCGGCGGACGGCACCGUCAAGAUCUGGAACGCAAAAACGACUGACUGCACCAACACCAUCAAAACGCCAGACGUCCCCGAGGGAGCAGACAUCACAGUAAACAGCGUUGUUCUCGUGCCCAGAAACCCAGAGCACUUUGUGGUGUGUAACAGGACCAAUACGGUGGUAGUCAUGAACAUCCACGGCCAGGUGCUGAGGAGUUUCAGUUCAGGCGUGAGAGAGGGGGGAGACUUCGUGUGCUGCACACUGUCUCCUCGCGGGGAGUGGAUCUACUGCGUGGGAGAAGACUAUAUGCUCUAUUCGUUCAGCACCAUCACCGGCAAACUGGAGAGAACUCUCACGGUGCAUGAGAAAGAUGUGAUCGGCAUAACCCACCACCCUCAUCAGAACCUUAUCGCCACCUACAGCGAGGACGGCCUGCUGAAGCUCUGGAAACCCUGAAGCCCUUCCACUCAGCAGCGUAUACUAUAUGAACUACAUAGUCUGCGUUUGUGUAGUGGUUCCAAGUGCUGAUUCUGUGGUACCCCUGUACAUACAGGUCCUCUGGAGUUAUGUAUCAGUAUUUAGUCUGACAUUUGAAAGUCUUCCAUUCGGUGAUAAAAGAUUCAUAAGAUUCAAAAGAUUCAUUUAUCCAAUAAUCUAGAAGCGACAGUGGUAAACAACAAAAAACAAUUCAACUUAAUCUUCACCUAAUCCACAUAUCAUCUGUUGUAAAUCACCCAAAGGAGUCUGGAUCUACUGGAAAUUCAGUGAGGAAUUCAGAAACAUGGAGGUCAACAUUUCAGAGGUAUACCGGUCAGACUAUAAAAUUGGUCAUCCAGGCUAUACAUUUACGCAAAAAGUGAGGACAACCAGACAGAGAAAUGAACUAUGCCACGAAAGGAGACCAAAGAGAGUAUAGGACCUGUGCAUCAUCUUCACUUUACAAAGCCAUCUCUCCUCUCACGUCUCCACCGCAUGAACAUAGGGUACAUAUUCUUCGUGAAGGGAUCUGUAGCGUCGUCUAUGUCAGUGUAUGCAUGCCAGGUGUAGCCGUAUGACACUACACAUAACUGGUUUUUCUCCUCCUGACAUUGUCUCAACUAGACAUAGCCUUUGUAGACCUUCAGUGGCAUCACUCCUGGUUAUUGGCCGGAACAUGAAAGGACUGGGGUUGUUCGACCAGUGAGAACACGUAGCUUCCCAGUGCAAGUUUAUUACGAAAGCCAUCGGAAGGAGGAGAGGUUUAGUGGAGUUUGCUAUGAGGCCUGAGAACGGACCCAGUAUUAGAUCUAAUAAUGAACAUUUUUAUGUGGAUACAUGGUUAAAUGGUCUAUUUCAGUAUAAUUCUUGUGUGAAGGCUUGGUGUGUUUUAACACUUGACCUUACACUUGCAUGCAAGAUGACCUUGGUUAUGCAACAAUGGAAAUAUGCUGUAUGUUUGCGUAUUGUACGUAUUACGUUAAUAUUCUGGUAUUUAUAUCAUCGAAGACGUUCUCAUUUAUGUUUAUAGACAGUGGAUUAAGGCGAUUUUACUAUGUAAAUUCAUUAAGUACCGGAAAACGAAACGAUUUCAUUCCUGCGGUCAAAGUGAAAAACGGAUACAUUUUCUAUCCUUUCAUUAUCUAGCUGGUUUACGUCCAGUAGCUUCAUUACAAUUAUUUUUAUGGCAGGUAUUGACUUUGCUGUACAAGUAAAACUAACUGCAUGUGAUGUGAGAAAACUGCCAACACACUGUUAGACUUACAGGUCAAAUUUCCACCUGCAUAUACAUUUGGAAAUGAAGGCGAAAGUAUUUUGCAUUUUCAGUGCAGAUAGGCUCUAUGGUGGUUUGUUUAAAUGCAGGCCACUUAGGCCAGGUUUAGUCUCAGGUUGCCAGAGUUUCUCUGCCAUAAUGGUUCAAUAAAGGCUUAUUGUUCCUACUUA